AAGUCUCCGGUCAACUAAAGCGUCCAUCUUGAAAAUUUCAUUAUACCUCUUCUGUAUAGUCACAUCUAUGCUCUUCAUCGUUGGGUCAUCAGCAAGAACACAUCCAGAUCUUUGUAAUAGAGUCUGCGGAGGAAUAGAAAUCCCGUUCCCGUUCGGUAUUGAUGGGAACGACUGCUAUUUAAACCCGUGGUACGAGGUUGUCUGUAACAGCUCUGUUCCAUUCCUCUCACGAAUCAACAGGGAAGUGGUGAACAUCUCUCUUCAAAAUGGAGUUCUUCUCAUUAAAGACUAUGUGAGUUCCUCUGGUUGUUCUCGUAGCAGGCAAGGACCAGGAAACUCACAGCCUUUGAACAUCUCGGGCCAAGGCAGCCCCUUCUUCUUGACAGACACAAACCACCUCGUUGCGGUUGGUUGCAACACUAGAGCCGUUAUGACGGACAUCCAGCCGCAGAUAAUCGGUUGCGAGACGAGCUGUAACGAGACAAACAGCCGAAUCUGCCAGACGAGGAUACCUGAAUGGCAGCCCCAAGUAGCCGGUGUGAGUUUAGAGAAUCACGAAGGUGGCAACACAACAGGAGUAGGAGGAUGCAGAGCUGCGUUUUUGACGAGCGAGAAAGUGAAUGUUCCCGAGCCAGAAAAGUUUGAUGCUGAUGGAUACGCUGCAGUAGAGCUAGGAUGGCAUUACGAUACUGCUUCAGCACCUCAUGUUGAGAGUCUUUCACGUUGCCAAAAUGUGACCGCCAUGGGUGGUACCAUUUUUAAUACGAGUUGUUACUGCUCAUACGGUUACUUCUCCGGGUUCAGCUACGCGGACUGCUUUUGUGACUCAAAUUACCCAGGGAACCCAUACCAUCAAGAUGGAUGUAUACUGAUUGAUAGAUGUAAGGAAGAAGGACGCUACAAAUGUGGUAAAGAUGAAAUCUGUGUUAAUUUACGUACAUCAACCAAAUGCGUGCCGAAGCAGCGCAAGUCCAACCCGGUGAUUAAAGGUGUUCUAAUAGGUUUGGCACUGUUGUUUUUCGUCAUGGGAGUUUUUGGGUUGUACAGGUUCCUCAAGAACCAGAAGAGGAUCUACCAAAGCAAGAUGUUUUUUAGACGUAAUGGAGGUUUGCUGUUGAAACAACAGUUAGCUAGAAAGGAAGGAACCGUAGAGAUGUCCAAGAUAUUUACCUCCAAAGAGUUAGAGAAAGCCACUGAUAACUUUAACAAGAACAGGAUUCUUGGGCAAGGAGGUCAAGGUACUGUGUACAAAGGAAUGUUGGUAGAUGGGAGAAUCGUUGCUGUGAAGAGGUCCAAAGUCGUGGACGAAGACAAAGUAGAGGAGUUCAUCAACGAGGUUGUUGUUCUGUCACAGAUCAAUCACAGAAACAUUGUGAAGCUCUUAGGCUGUUGUCUCGAGACGAAAGUUCCAAUCUUGGUAUAUGAGUUUGUUCCAAACGGGGAUCUCUUCAAGCUUCUUCAUGGUGAAUCUGAUGAUUACAAGAUGACAUGGGAGGUGCGUCUUCAUAUUGCGAUAGAGAUUGCAGGAGCACUUUCAUACUUGCACUUAGCUGCAUCUUUCCCCAUAUACCAUAGAGAUAUCAAGACUACCAAUAUACUAUUGGAUGAGAAGCAUCAGGCCAAGGUGUCUGAUUUCGGAACUUCAAGAUCGUUAACCACAGAUCAAACUCACUUGACAACUCAAGUUGCUGGUACUUUUGGGUACGUAGAUCCAGAAUACUUUCAAACAAACAAGUUUACGGACAAAAGUGAUGUGUACAGUUUUGGAGUUGUCCUUGUGGAGCUCUUAACAGGAGAAAACCCGUCCACUCGAGUCCGGUCCGAAGAAAAAACCAGGGGUUUUGCAGCUCAUUUUGUUGAGGCCGUGAAAGAGAAGAGAGUUCUUGACAUAGUUGAUGAUCGGAUCAAAGAUGAAUGUGACUUGGACCAAGUGAUGUUGAUGGCAAAACUAGCUACAGGGUGUUUAAACCGAAAAGGGAAGAAAAGGCCAAACAUGAGAGAAGUUUCAAUCGAGCUAGAGAAGAUUCGUUCAUCAACUUAUGAUUCAGAGAUUCAUAUUGAGGAGGACGAUGAUGAUGAAGAGGAUCAAGCCAUGUCAUUCAACAUUGAUGAGCCUUGGGAUGUUGUUAUGACUGCUCCAGCCUCCUUGUUUGAUAAUGCAUCCCCUACUUCGGAGCCGCUGGUUCCCCAACGAACAUGGUGAUAAUCGACCUAAAAA